AUGAAUUCCAUUGAAAAGUUGAACAUUUGUGCGUCAAUUGGUUCUCUUUUGUGCAUUUCGAUUUGUGUUUUUCUCUUCUCGACCGUUUUCGAGGAAUGUUUAUUUUUGGAGGAGAAUUUGCAUACGGAAAUGCACAAUAUUCAAAAAAAAUCGGCUCAAAUUGCGUCGAUAAUCGCUGAGAUCAAAGGCUUCGAGAAUAGCGGUGAAGUGAAAACGAGGCGACAAAGACAAAUCGCUCGCUCAGUCUUUCAAAGUUAUCACGGAUAUCCAGCUAAACCGAUCGUUUUCGCAUCGAAAACCCAAGAAAAGCCGUCAACUGAGGACGACUCGUUGAGUGAUGAAUAUCAAGAACAGGGUUUUAUCAGCUACGAAGACGAGCGAAAUAUCGAUUCCGAUGAUCUCGAUACGGGUGAAAUCGAGUACGAAGAUGAGAACGCCUCGACAACAUCCCCGUCAAUUCUCACGACGAUCACCACAAAGUUGACCACAAAGUUGACCACGAUUUUGCCACAAAUGACACAAAAAAUGAUUACGCCAAAGAAGCUGCAUUUGAGAACGAUUUCCAAUUCUAUCAAAACAACGACUGAAAGGAGCACAACAAAGGGGAAAACUCAGAAACCAAAAACGACGAAAGGCUCAACUCCAUCAAAGGCUUUGACCUCAGCAUUGACCAAACGCACACCAACAACGAAAAAUCGUUCCCCUUCAACCACUCCAAUUCCAUUAACUGAUGCCGAUGCACCAAAGAAUCAAAGGUUGAGAAGCAUUCAGAGCUUCCCCACUCCACAGCGAUUGCAAUUCGCAAAUCCGAGCAGCUAUGAAUUCAACCCGAUCGGCCCAACUCGUGGCCCAGUUCCCUCUCGUCGUCCAUUCUACUCAUCGACCACUCCGCCAAGUUAUGGAGAAAGACCGAGAUGCGUAAUGAAACGCGCUGAAGAGUGUCCCCGUGGUGCGCCGGGUCCUCCAGGUGAUCGGGGCACUGAUGGAAGUGAUGGAGAGAAUGGAAGGCAAGGACAGCCGGGCAAUGAUGCUGAUGAUGUGCAGGCUGAGAUGCCAAUCCUGAGUGGGUGUACAAUUUGUCCGCCGGGUCCAACUGGGCGACCCGGUUUGCCAGGGAAGAAAGGCAUUCGUGGUUUGCGUGGAGCGAUGGGUACUUCCGGACUUCCAGGCAGAAAUGGAGCCCCCGGGACACCGGGAAUCUCGGGUCCGGACGGGCCAGACGGGCCAGAUGGUCAGAUCGGUGAACCGGGAAAUGCGGGAAUUGAUGGAACGGCCGGUGUGGGAUUGAGAGGAGAAAAAGGCUUGCAAGGAAAACCGGGAAUGCAAGGAGAACAAGGAGAACAGGGAGGAGAUGGACGAGAGGGAGUGCGGGGUGAAGAGGGUGAACAGGGAGAGAUGGGGCCCCGAGGGAAGCCCGGUUUGGAUGGACAACAAGGAGAAAAAGGAGAAGAGGGAGAGCCCGGCGAGGAUUCGGAGUACUGUCCUUGCCCGCAUCGUGUCUAUUCAAGAGUCGAGCUGUUGCGAUCGCUUAUU